CUAAAUAAGGUAAAGAGUGCGGCUGGAGGAGGCGUGGGCAGCCAGCGCAGGCAAACGUUAGACUCUGACUCCGACUUGCGCAGAGCCAGCUACUGUUAUCAAGGCUGAGGCAUCGGCAACAGUCUUUGUUUCAUGCGACUUGACGCUGACACAGCGGCGUCUAAUAUCAAGGCCAAGGCGUCGUGGGAGUUUGUUUCAUGCGACUAGUGUCGCAUCCUUUUUAUGCACUAUUCGGGGCAUCGCUAUGCCGCACGAGCGAUGCGCGCUCAGCGUGCCUCCGUGGAGAUUCAUUUCCAGAAGGCGGGGUUCACGAAGGGCGGCUACGCGCAAGUGAUAAGCCGCGCGGAGGGCGCACAAGUGGGCAUCGGUUUCCGCGGGACGGUGGACGCGGUCAAGCUAGCCGGCGGGAGAGUGGACGCGCAACGACUGCCCGUAUGCCAGUCGACAAGCAAGCGCGAAGGACCGCGGAUGCGCCCGCUGCGGCCUUGGUUCCGCGCGGCCUGCUAUGACCCCUUCACCGGGCACGUGCUCAUGGCGGAAGCGGAGCGCGACCCCGCCGGCUGGCCGCGCUUCUGCAACGUGGUCCGCCUCGACGCCGCCAACGUGGUGACGGAGGUGAUCGACUCCGCCGCCAUCCGAGCCUACCUGCAGCAUUACACCUCCACCACCCUCGCCGCCGCCGCCAGCGCCACCGUGGCCUCCACAGACCCGGGCGUGGCGGCGGCCGCCGCCGCCGCCGCCACCGCCGCCGCCAACGCGGGUGCGGGCUUCACGCACAUCCUGCACAUGGCCAGCGACGGCCAGGGCAACGUAUACCUGGUUACGGGCGACGAGGGCCGGGCGCGCUGCGCCAUUCUAAAGCUCACACUCCCGGACGACUGGCGCGCGGGCGUCACCAGCGGCGCGUCGGUGCCGGGCGCAGAGGGCUCGCGCCGCAGCCCGCAGCACGCCACCGCGCACGGCAAGCGGCCGCGGCAUGACACCGCCUCCUCCGCCUCCACCACCACCAGCACCACCUCGCGCGCGUCGGAAACGGCGGAAGUGCGCGUGUCGAUGUUGCUGCCGGCCGCGCCCUCCACCGACAUUACCGGCCUGGCCUGGGACGCACGCAGCGAGAGCCUGUUGUUUUCCACGCCAACCGCCAUCUACCGACUGCCGCAGCUGUCAUCGCCGCGCGGCGGCGCAGCGGCGGGCGGCGGCGGAGUCAGUGCCGCAACGGAGCAUGAAGAGGGCGAGGCGGGCGCUCGGGCAGGCGGGGCAGCCGAUGGGGGCAGCGCGGGCAGCGGCAGCGGGAAUACGGGCAGCGGCGGCGCGCAGGGGCCAUCAGGAGCAGGCGGCCAGGCGGAGGGGUCGCGGCAGCUGUCACAGUUGAGAGAAGCCGGCGCGGCCGCAGCCACCGCUGCGGCCGCAGCUGCCGUGGCGGCGGUCGCGGCGGGCUCUGGGGUGCCGGUCGCGGCGCUCCCAUCCGCUGCAGCGGUUGCGGCUGCCGCCAUCGCGGCCAUUCCGCAGCCGCCAGUCAUGCUGCUUGUCGCGGGGAAGGAGGGCGAGCGGGCGCCCGCCAGUGGGCCGGACGGCAACCCGCUCGCAACAGGCACGGGCACGGGCGGCGGCACGGGCGGGACCGGCGGCACGGGCGAUGCAGGGGGCACCGGUGGCACCGCGUCAGGGGGCAGCGAGGGGCGGGAGGUCAACAGCAGCGCGCCUGGGGGCGGGGAUGCCGGGGACAGCGGGCGCGAGGGUGACGCCAGUGCCACGCCGGCGUUGGAUGGGCGCGAUGAGGACGAGGACGAGGAGUCGCCCGACACGCCGCCGCCGGAGGUGGCGGCGGCGGACGCGCGCUUCUCCGCCAUCGGCGGCGUGUGUGUGGAUGCUGACGGCAACAUCUACAUCAUCGACAACGGCUCCUUCUAUGACCGCCACAUUUACAAAAUGUCCUGCUGCACAAACGGCCUGCUACCGGUGGCGAACGCGCCGCUGCCGGGUUGCACGGUGCAAACGCAGGUCAGCGGCUGGGGCAAUACGGGCAACAUCCUGGGCUGCCCCGCCAUCCUGGACAACGGCGUGUUGGUGGCGUGCAGCGACCCCUUCGACAACGGCUUCGACAAUUGGCAGGAGUGGGACGGCGACGAGCGCUGCCCGGAGGGCAUGCUACUGCUGGUGGACGUGGGCGCGCGGCCGCCCAUGGGGCAUCCCUCCGCGGUGACGUGCGUGGCGGCGGCCAUUGCCGCCGCCGCCGCGGCGUUGGGCGUGCACGCCAUGGGCGGCGCCGCCGCCGGCACCUUCCUGGUCGGCGGCGGGGGCGGCGGCGGCGGCGGCAGCGGGAAAAGCAACGGCAACGCCGCCAGCCGCGGCCGCCGCCACACGCCGCCGGGCGUGGCGACCACGGGCGGCAGCGGCGCGGUGGCGUCCACGUCAGCUUCCACAGGGCGCUGGCAGCCGGGCAGCGCCGACCUCACCAUCGUGGUGGGCAGCCGCAGCUUCUCAGUGCACCGGGGCGUCAUUGCCGCCUGCAGCGGCUACUGCCGGCAGCGGCUGGCGGACAGCGGCGGCAGCACCGGGCAGCUGGACCUGCCGGACGCGGACGCCGACGCCUUCGCGCUGCUGCUGCGCUGGCUGUACACGGGCGCCACAGUCAUCCCCGCCACGCACGCGCAGGCGGUGGCAGAGCUGGCGGACCGGCUGCUGCUGCCGCCGGAGCUGUGCCGGGCGGCGCAGUCACAGGUACUGGCGGCGGUGACGCCGGAGACGGUGGUGGACACGCUACUGUGGGCGGAGCGGCUGGGCGCGGCGGCGUCGGAGAUGCUGCGCGAGCUCAAGAGCUGGUACGUCAACCACCGAGACCUGGUCAUGGACGUCGCGGCGGAGAGCGUGCGGCAGCUGGAGGACAAGAGCCCGGCGCUGGCGCGGGAGCUGUUGGAGGCGGCGGCGGCGGGCGCAGUGGCGGCGGCCGCGGAGGCGGCGGGGCCAGGCUCGUCGCCCAAGCGCGCACGGGUGCAGUAAUGGUGCUGGGUGGUUGUGUUGGUUGGGUUGAGAAGUUGGGGGCGGUGCGGUGGAAGCGCCGCGACGUGUGGGGGCGCGUGUGCGUGAGCACGAGCGGGGUGGGCAGGCCGCCUGCCCAAGAAGAGCACGGGGUCGGAUGGGUGCGCGGUACGGGGGUUCGGAUGGGUGCACAGUACGGGGGGCCGGAGAUGGAUGAAAGGCGGGGUGGAGUUUGACGCCCGUCGCAGUGAGUUAUGGAAUGCACGAUUUUCACAUCCUCAGUUUCCUCUUAGCCGCGGUCGGGCUGCAAAGGGCUGCUUGCAUGUCACUGCCAUGGUACUGCAAUUAGUACAUGAUCAUGACCGCCCGUGGGUAGUGACGUUUGAGCGUUGUAGCGCAGCAAUGUCCGCGCACAGCGGCCGUGCGUCUGCCGCGGGCUGGGCCCACACUGGUGCGUAUCCUUUGUCAGUAUGUGCGAUCCUUGCAUGUUCAAGCGGCACACACAAGGCAUGCGGCUGGAGGGCGACAUUGGUACACGGCAGGGCGCAGGUGGUGGUGGCUUCACGCGGUUGUUGGUCGGUCGACAUUUUUUCUAGCGUGGGCUUUCUGCGUGGGCUUUCUUCGAGGGAAAGCCACCUUUCUUGUCCACAUGAUAUGUCUUUGCAUGGUACGUCUUGGAUACACCAAGAGAGAGAGAGUGUGUGUGUGAGAAUUGUUCAGCUGAGCUCACGGGAACUAAGGGCCGGGGUGAACCAUCAACUGUUGCUGUUGGUCAGUCCUACGCAAGAGCAUGGCCUUUCAGGCCUGAAGCCUUUGUCUGAUACUCAUUGUUAGGCUGUGGCCUUCGCCGUAGAGCAACCAUGCUGUGUCUUGUAGAGCGCUCGGAGAGAGGAAGAAGCGCGCUUUUUGAGUGCCUUGAGAGUGAGAGAGAAAUUUCGUCACCUUUCAUUGCGUUGGGGGCGGAGUACAUGUGUGCGUGAGUACAAGCCGUGCCGGCCCAGCUGUAGUGAUGAGUGGCGGGUGCACCAUGAACAAAAAAGCGGGACUGGGCGUAGGAUCUCGGAGAAUGCCUGGAAGACGGCCGUGCAUGAUUUAGGCACCUCGGCAAGACAUAUAAAUAGCUACUGAUGACAUCUGCCCUGGUGUGGGCAUGAGGAGAUGGGCUCAUGAGAAGGACGCACAGGGUGCCGGUGUGUGUGGGGUGGUGGGGGUUUGUGUUACAACACGUGCGCAUGACAGGAGGAUUGUUGCGCUUCAGACCCGAUGCGCAAAUUCGGGUGCGGGUGCGGGUGCGGCCCCGGCGGCUCCGAUGGUGCACCACCUCUCGCCGCCCUGCCCCCGGCUUUUGUGAAGAAUGGCACGGCUCGUUUCGAGUGUUGGACUAUGGUACGUUGAAGGGUUCUGGUAGUGUUGUUGUACAGCAUGACUCGCGCCUGCUGCCCUGCGCUGUGCUGCGCAGCUGUGUGUCCCAACCCGCGGCAACACCAGCGCCGGGCGCCGCGCGGUGGGGUGACGCUGAGUCGGGGUGUCUGAUUGCGGCUCCAUUGGAAACUGCCUCCUCUGUCGAGUGAUGCGACGGCAUGAGGAGGCACGACAUGGUACAGGCACAGCGCACAGCUGCGCGUGCCCCCACCCGGUACAGAGAUCCUCAAGACGAGGACAAAGGCGCCGGCCGCGGCGCAUCGGGUGCAAGCCGCAGGGGGGGGGGGUACGAACUAAACCUCCAGA